CACGUAUUUAGCUAUAAUCUUUCUGUUGUAUGUGACAUCCUACUUCUAUCACUGUUCAAGUUUUCACUGUGAGGUUUACCACAACCAUGAACGUGGGUGUAGCCACACACAAAAAGCAUCAUCAACGUACUGUCACACUUGUCUAAGCAGAAACUGAACUUUAAUGUGACUAAAAUUGAUGCCUUGAACAUUUCAUAACGGGAGCAAAAGUUAAUCUCACUGUAGGUGGCAUGACAAAGUACAGGACAGAUUCGUAAUGAGGAGUGUCAAUUACCCCACACAAACCUGCAGUGCGUGGAGGCGUUUGGAGCAGCUUUCAGAGAUGUUUUUUUUUUUUCAUCUAGGAGGACAUUUUGAAGACACCACAUGGUUACAGCAACAUAGCUAAAAUGGAGGACCUUAUAACAGAACAGAUUCCCUGAACAGGUCCAUCGCUAUUCUGUUGGACCAAUGAUGAUGAAAGAAUCAAAAGAUGAAUUCACAACCAGUGAGAACAGAGAAAAUCCUGCUAGCACAGUACCCAAUGGUGUCUCCAGGGAUGAGACAAAAAUCCUGAGUCUGCUGCAAGGUUUGCGGUUGUGUCAGGAUGCCUGGGCUCCCAAGAGCCCCUGGGACAGUCAUGCGGCACAUGCCGCUCUGUGGGGCAGACCUGCUGGGAGUUUCUUGGUGGUUCAAGACUCUUCAUCUCAAGACCAACGACUGUGUGUGUCUGUAGGAGACAGAGGGGAGCCGGUCAAAGAAUUCCACAUCUUAACCACUGGAACAGCUCUUUGCCUGACGGCAUCACACCUGGCUUUCCCUGAUCUCUGUCAACUGCUGCACUUCUACACACUGAGCAGGGAUGUUUUGCCUGUCUGUUUAUUGGUUCCCUCCUGGGUUUACACACUUAACAAUCUACCAGAUCAGCUUGUUCCUCUGCUUGGUCCAAAGACCUGGCUGUGUCCCUCUUCAGAUCCGCUGGUUAGCAGUAUGACUCCAGAAACACAAGGCAUAACAGAAACGUCAAAAACAGUCAUGUGCACUAUACAGGUUACAGCUGCCAGUGGUGCCAUGUGCUUUAUCAAUCCCUUGUACCUUCAAGAGCACGGCGAUGAUUGGCUUGCUCAUUCUUCAGCCAGCCAAAUGAAUCUUCCAAUCAGGUUGAGGCGAGAAAGCCGGUUAAGUACCACGAGAGCAUGGGUAGGGAGAGGACUGAAACAGAGGUCAUCUACACUAGCCGACGACAACUCUAGCAGUUUUGACCAUGACAGAGGAUCGUUUGAGAAGAAUCCAGACUCUCCAGCUGCCCCAGGUGGAGUUGUGCUUCGAAGGGCGAGUGGCGCCAGCAAGGAGGACCCCUUAAAAAGAUCAAGUGUUGACUCCAUUCAAAGCCCUCUCCCUCAGUCACCACAUCGUGUAUCGUGGGUAGAGGACAAGAUAUGGCUGAACUCAUCACUUCCUUCCUCUCUGCUUCAACCGCCCGGCUUAGAGCUGGACUCCCUGUCAGUCAGCAGUAUAGAGGAGGAGACUGAACCAGCUUUAAGCCCCUCCCCAUCACUACCUUCGCCCCGCUUCCACUUGGCAGAUAAGAUGAAGAACCGUCUCUCUGCAGUGGGUCAGGCUCUAGGUGGACUUAUGUCGCCACAGCGAAGACUGAGUAAACGUGUUCAGGAGAUGGCGGAACGGAAGGGAGGGGCUUUUGCAGAGGCUGUCAGGGGAUUUGUAGAGCAAACUCUUGUAAGUGAGGCCGGUCAUGGAGUGACCUGCACCGAGAUGCUGCAGGAAGUGCGUUCGUCUCUCACUGCUCUGAAGGAAACCCUGUUUGAUUGUCCAGAGAUCCAAAGCAUCACAGACAGCAUUGGAGACAAUCCAGAUUUUGAGCUGGAUGCUGUGCUGGAGCUUGCCUUACAUAAAGUAGCUCUGAAGCCAGUUUACUCUCACCUUUACGUGUGUCUAAAGACAGCGCGUAGGGAUGACUGCACUCUGCAGCAUUUAGAGGUCAACAAGAGCACCCUGGAGAACCGCAGCCUGGAGGAGCUGGAGGGUGCAGCAGGGGCUGGGGUACCUGAUUCCAGCAUUUUGGAAAAGAUCCAGCAACGCUGGACCACAAUGCAUGAGGCCUACUCACCCAGUAAAAAAGUUGACACCCUGCUCAAAGUCUGCAAGAAUAUCUACCAUAGUAUGAAUGCUAAUGCCAAGCCUGUUUUCGGGGCAGAUGACUUCCUGCCAUGCCUGACAUGGGUGUUGCUGCGUAGUGAUGUAGCUACACUUCAGGUUGACACCGACUACAUGAUGGAGCUGCUAGACCCCAUGCAACUACAAGGAGAGGCUCUUUGCCUGACGGCAUCACACCUGGCUUUCCCUGAUCUCUGUCAACUGCUGCACUUCUACACACUGAGCAGGGAUGUUUUGCCUGUCUGUUUAUUGGUUCCCUCCUGGGUUUACACACUUAACAAUCUACCAGAUCAGCUUGUUCCUCUGCUUGGUCCAAAGACCUGGCUGUGUCCCUCUUCAGAUCCGCUGGUUAGCAGUAUGACUCCAGAAACACAAGGCAUAACAGAAACGUCAAAAACAGUCAUGUGCACUAUACAGGUUACAGCUGCCAGUGGUGCCAUGUGCUUUAUCAAUCCCUUGUACCUUCAAGAGCACGGCGAUGAUUGGCUUGCUCAUUCUUCAGCCAGCCAAAUGAAUCUUCCAAUCAGGUUGAGGCGAGAAAGCCGGUUAAGUACCACGAGAGCAUGGGUAGGGAGAGGACUGAAACAGAGGUCAUCUACACUAGCCGACGACAACUCUAGCAGUUUUGACCAUGACAGAGGAUCGUUUGAGAAGAAUCCAGACUCUCCAGCUGCCCCAGGUGGAGUUGUGCUUCGAAGGGCGAGUGGCGCCAGCAAGGAGGACCCCUUAAAAAGAUCAAGUGUUGACUCCAUUCAAAGCCCUCUCCCUCAGUCACCACAUCGUGUAUCGUGGGUAGAGGACAAGAUAUGGCUGAACUCAUCACUUCCUUCCUCUCUGCUUCAACCGCCCGGCUUAGAGCUGGACUCCCUGUCAGUCAGCAGUAUAGAGGAGGAGACUGAACCAGCUUUAAGCCCCUCCCCAUCACUACCUUCGCCCCGCUUCCACUUGGCAGAUAAGAUGAAGAACCGUCUCUCUGCAGUGGGUCAGGCUCUAGGUGGACUUAUGUCGCCACAGCGAAGACUGAGUAAACGUGUUCAGGAGAUGGCGGAACGGAAGGGAGGGGCUUUUGCAGAGGCUGUCAGGGGAUUUGUAGAGCAAACUCUUGUAAGUGAGGCCGGUCCUGGAGUGACCUGCACCGAGAUGCUGCAGGAAGUGCGUUCGUCUCUCACUGCUCUGAAGGAAACCCUGUUUGAUUGUCCAGAGAUCCAAAGCAUCACAGACAGCAUUGGAGACAAUCCAGAUUUUGAGCUGGAUGCUGUGCUGGAGCUUGCCUUACAUAAAGUAGCUCUGAAGCCAGUUUACUCUCACCUUUACGUGUGUCUAAAGACAGCGCGUAGGGAUGACUGCACUCUGCAGCAUUUAGAGGUCAACAAGAGCACCCUGGAGAACCGCAGCCUGGAGGAGCUGGAGGGUGCAGCAGGGGCUGGGGUACCUGAUUCCAGCAUUUUGGAAAAGAUCCAGCAACGCUGGACCACAAUGCAUGAGGCCUACUCACCCAGUAAAAAAGUUGACACCCUGCUCAAAGUCUGCAAGAAUAUCUACCAUAGUAUGAAUGCUAAUGCCAAGCCUGUUUUCGGGGCAGAUGACUUCCUGCCAUGCCUGACAUGGGUGUUGCUGCGUAGUGAUGUAGCUACACUUCAGGUUGACACCGACUACAUGAUGGAGCUGCUAGACCCCAUGCAACUACAAGGAGAGGGUGGGUACUACCUUACAUCUCUCUACGCUGCCCUUUUUUACAUUAGCAGCUUCCGGCCUCAUCUAGCGAAGCGGCAACUUAGUGCAGAAGCACACAGAUCUCUCAGCCAAUGGCACCGCAGACGCACACUGCACUGCAACCAAUCACGCCACAGCAGAAAUCGUAGGACCAUCCGGAGACACGGGCCGGAAGAUGGAAGCCGUAAAACAUCCGACGAACAGAAUUCUUUGAAUGCGAGCACAGAGUCCAGCGGUCUGACUGAUGUCAUGCCAGCCACCUCUAGCGUGCAAGAAACACUCCAGGACUUAGAUGAAGAAUUAGAGAAUGUAAAGGAAGAAGAGGAGGGACAACAAAUACUGUCACUAGAGACGUUGCACCUCACUACUCCUAAAACAGAGGGAAAAGAAAGAGGUGAUGGAGUAAGCUGGAAAGAAGAUAACUAAAAAUCACAUGAUUCUAAAGGAAUGAGCAAAUGGUAUCUUAAUGGUAGCAAAUGGAACUUAAUAGAGAUGCUUGUGAAGGCAAAGCCUGUUACUCAAAUGACACCUCAGAUCAUGCAACUUAAUGAAAAGAAUUCAUGCUAUUAUUUCUCUGAGCAACCAGAUUUCGGAUUUUUGCUUGUUACAUGAUAAAAUGGUUGAAAAAAAAAAAAACAUCCAC